AUGCCGAGGAAAGGCCCUUUUGUUCGAAUUGGACCUGAUAUGGUUUCGACCAAUUCGUCAAGUGCAAUCCCUGCGAUUUAUUCCGCAAACGCACCGGCUUUGAAGUCGGGAUUUUAUGAAGCUUUUGCACCUGGAAUGCCCAGUAGCUUUACAACCAAUGACAAAAUCUACAGACAGAAAAAGCAAAUUUUGUCGGCAGCGUUUGCGCCUCGCAAGUUGGAAGCCAUGGAACCCUUGAUUCGUCUCCAUAUCGAUGCGUUCUGUGAGAGAAUAGCAGAAGCUAGAAAUGUUGAUAUUGCUGUGAUGCUGGGUGCGCUUUCCAUCGACGUCCUGUCCGAUCUAUGCUUCGGUAAAAGCUUCGAAACUUUGAAUAACGAGUCAGAAAGAGAUCGUAUUCUGGAGGCUAUGGAAAAGUCCGUUGAAUUGGUCAUCCGAGAAGGAACUAUGCACAAAUGGCCGCGGGCUAUUUGGAAGGUUCUCCAUUCAAAGGAGAAGGUGAUUAAACGGGGCUAUGUCUAUCAGAAAGCAAUCGGAGCAAUGAUGCAGCAGAUAGAUAGCAAAUCCGAAAGAGACGACUUUUUCACCAAUAUACUUCAGGCUCGUCGACCAGAUACUGGAGAGCCGUACGACAAGCGGGAAUUGAUGGGUGAAGCGAUUCUUCUCCUGUUCGUCCAAACUGCCCAUAUCCCCAACUCUUUUGCGCCCAGACUAACGAAGACCGUGUGUAGUGUCGCGGGGUCCGAUACCACAUCUACAGCAUUGACUGUGAUCAUCUGGCAUCUUCUAGCGAACCCUAAGACAAUGCAGAAGUUGACAGCUGAAAUUUGUGAGACUUUUGAGUCCCCAGAGGAAAUAAAGUACCAGGCACUUCAGGGACUCCCUUAUUUGCAUGCGGUCAUCGAAGAAGGGUUAAGAAUUUGUCCACCAAAUCCGGGCUUGGUUCCACGAGUGGUUGUCGAUCGAACCCCAGGCCAUUUAGCCAUUGACGGCCGUAUUUUCCCUCCUGGUACUGAAAUUGGAGUGUGCAACCUCUCACUUCAUCACAAUCCUCUGUAUUUUGAUGAACCAGAUGCCUUCCUCCCGGAACGUUGGAUGCCAAAUUCCGAUAUUAAAUGUAACAAGGGUGCAUUCGCUCCAUUCUCCUACGGCCCUAGGUCAUGUUUGGGCCGAAACAUGGCCUAUAUGGAAAUGAGCCUAACAUUGGCUCUCCUUGUAUACCGAUUGAAGUUAUCAUUUGCCGAUCACGAUAAGCAGAUGCGGGUCGGAUUUGACGUCAAUGAUGCCUUUGUUGCUAUCAAACCAUCAGUUCCAGUGAAUGUGGCAAGAGUCUGA